AUGAACCCAGGUGAGGCACCUAUGAUCAUCCAGGCCAGGACUAGGCAGUCCACAGUGUCCAUUGUUCCUGUGUUUAUGUUCACGUGUGCUCGAACAUUUAGCUCCCACUUACAACACUGUCUUCUCUCAGCCCGUCUUUCUGCCUUUUUCUUCCCCUCUCGCCACCUCGUUCCCUGCCUCAUCCUCUUCUCUCCUACCGAUCUUUUUCCCCUCUCCGUCUCUUUCCCCAACGUCAUCUUCGCCGCUUUCCCCUCCCUUCUUCUUCUCCCCAACCCGUCCUCUUCCCCUCUCCCUCCGUCGUCUUCCCCACCUUCUGCCCUUUCCCUCGCCUCUCCUUCCCGAUCCUUCUCCUUUCCCACCCCUCCCUUCCCCAACGUCUUCUUCCCACCUUUUUCUCCCCUCUCCCUCUUCCUCACUGUCUUCUCCCCUCCUUCUUCCCCACCGCGGUCUUCCCGCAUCCUCUUCUGCCCUCUCCCCACAGUCUUCUUCCCGCAUCUUCUUCUCCCCCCGCACAUUUUUCCCUUCCCCACCGUUUUCUUCUCCUCAGUCUCUCCGCCUCUUCGCAGCACCGGUUCCUGUGGCGUCGGCUUUUCCUCCCAUCUCCCGCUCCCCAAGGCCUCCCCCACCCUCCUCUCCACCCGCUCGCUUCCCUUCUCCACUUUCCCGCCUAUUCCCACAGCAGCGUCUUCCCGCCGCUCCCUCUUCUCCCCUCCCCCUCCCUCUCCUCACGGUCUUCGCCCGGCCUAUUACCCCCAACCGUUUUCUUCCUCACCUCACACCGCUUUCUUCCCAUUUCUUACCACUUUCUCGCAGCAGCGUCUGUCUGCCGCAGUCUCUUCCCACCCUCUUCUCCUCUACCCAUCGUCUUCUUUCCCAGCCUCUUAUUCUCCACCAUCUUCUUCCCCUCCCCACCGUUCUCUUCCCGUUUCCAUCUCCCCACCUUCUCGCAGCAGCUACUUCCUGCCGCGCUUUUCUCUCCCCGCACUCUCUUCUCCCCUCUUCCUCUCCCCACCAUCUUCGCCCCUAUCGUCUUCUUGCCCACUCCCUUCUCCGCGCUCUCCCACUGCCUUUCACCAAGAAGCUCUCCAUGCGUGCGCGCGCCUGUGUCCCUGCACCCAGAAGGUCAUGGGAACAUACACAGACCUACAGGGAAGACGGCCGUGGGACAAGGGAGGCAGAGUCUGGAGUUAUGCUGCCUACAGUCACGGAAUGCCAAGGACAGCUGGAAACCACCAGAAGCUAAGAAGGAGAUUUUACCUGAAAGCCUCCCAGAGAAAUCAAUCAUACUCACACCUCCCUUCUGAAUUUCUGGCCUCGUGAACGUUGAAAAAAUAAAUUUCUA